AUGUCUAUCUUUGAUAUCCGAAGCAAUCAUAAAUCAGGAUACGACUCGAUAAUGGAAGUGAUGAAGCUUUCGGGGCGCACCCCCGACUCGAGCGAGUUUUUGCGCGAGGCCAUGCUGUCCCAGAGAUUCGCCGACGUCGCGCUCUGCUGCUCCGGUGGGCAAAGGUUCAUGGCUCAUCGGCUCGUCCUCUCCGCCGCUAGUCCGUACUUGCAGGACGUGCUGUUGGCGCACAGCAGCUGCCCGAGUAGCAACUGCGAGCCAGUGACGUUGAUCCUGGCGGAGGUGGAGGCCCCGGAGUUGGGGGCCCUGCUCGGCCUCGUGUACACUGGGAGUGCCACCCUGCCCCGUGGCCGGUUCGAGGCUUUCCUGCGGGUGGUUGAGCUCCUCCGGGUUUACCUGCCCGGUUUCUCGCACAGCAGCAGCGACGACGAGGCCCCGGCCGAGGACCUGAGCUGCUGCUGUUGCGGCGACACGGACUGGGGACCAUUGCACGCCAGGAGACAACGGGUGGCCAAUCGCGUCGUCACCGCCUCGCCCUGGAGCCAAAUACUCAGGCCCCACCACUUGCCCAAGCUCCAGCCCAUCGUCCUACAACAGCCGUGCCUCCCUGAGAAGGACAAUGACGCUACCCCUGCUGUCCCGUUACACGAGCAGCCCCUCGGCGAGCCGGUCGACGCGGCCUCGUCCCCAGGGUCCAGGUGCGAGCUCUCGCUGCCCGUGAGUCGACUCUGCGGUAUCGAUUCCCCGGAGACCGUGCCGAUCGUCGUCGAGGAAUCGGGGAAACACGACGGAGCUGCGCUAAUCGUCAACGAUAGGAACAACAACGCCAGCGACGAUAACAACAACAACAACAACAAGCAACAACCGGAGCAGCAUCGGUGCGAGCUGUGCCCAAAGUCCUUCGUCACAAAGGCUUCGCUCAAGGUGCACCAGCGCACGCACUCGGGCGAAAAGCCAUUCCGUUGCACGGAGUGCGGCAAGGAGUUCUCGCAGUUGCGGAAUUACAAGUACCACAAGUCCGUGCACGAGGGUACGCGCGAGUUCGCGGCGAAUUGCCCGGAGUGCGGCAAGUCGUUCAACGAUCGGGGCUACUUGAGCUCCCACAUGAAGAUCCACCGGAACCGCAAGGAGUACGCCUGCGCCGAGUGCGGCAAGAGCUUCAACCAACGGGUGGCGUACAACAUGCACGCGCGCAUCCACACGGGCGUCAAGCCCCACCAGUGCGACCAGUGCGGCAAAGCCUUUUCCCGGAAGAUGCUGCUCAAGCAACACCUGCGCACCCACUCGGGCGAGAGGCCCUACGAGUGCCAAGUGUGCCACAAGGCCUUCGCCGACCGGUCCAACAUGACCCUCCACACGCGCCUACACUCGGGCCUCAAGCCUUACCAGUGCACCCUAUGCUCGAAAGCCUUCACCAAGAAGCACCACCUCAAGACGCACAUCAAUUACCACACUGGGACCAAACCCUACGCCUGUCCCUCCUGUCGGCUCAGCUUCUCCCAGAGCAGCAACAUGCGCACCCACUACAAAAAAUGCGUCCUGGUCCAACAACGCCGCGCCAACGACAAUGCCCACGGCAAGUCUAUGGACUGCGUCGAGCAACAGCUCACGCCCCCCAACUCGGACCAGGAGUCCGGCAGUCUCGUCGUUCACUGA